CUGUAUGUGGGGGUGUGUUUACUGUUAGUGCUGACGGUGACGUGCUGAUCGGAACGGUUCGGACGAAAUGACUUCAAGACUGGUGGGUUGUUGUUAUCACAGCAGUUCCAACAGCUUUGUCAGAUUUGCUAGGUUUAGAGCAUUGAUGUCCGUGGAGUUUGCUCUUCUUACACAAUGUCUAGAUCAGCAUAUGGGGAAGUCGCGAACUGCUGCUUAUCGAUAGUUCCACACUCGUCGCAUUCGACAUCUGCUUUUUCAGUCCUUCUCGAAAAACACCUAGUCUCCUGCCUCUCCCAUAAGUCUUAAAAUGGCCAAACCCAAAGAUCUACGCGCUCUCGUCGAGCUGACAAAGACGACCCAAACACUCCUCACGCACUUCCAGUCUUCCCUUGCGCCCACAGCAACCAGCAACCCCUCACCUCAAACCACCGCCACCGACUUUCCAAACCCCAUCGACGUCGUCAAAGCGACCACCACCCUCCUCCGAUCUCACACAACGACCCUCUCGCUGCUACUCAUCACCCCGCCCCUCACACCGUCCGCCCUCAUCGCAAAAAUUGGGGAUGUGAGCUCUGGCGCGCUGAGCGGCAUGGUGGCUGCUGCCUCGUACACGCCACAAGCUGGGCAGAGAGACGACUUGGGGAACCUCAUGCGCGCUGAACUCAGGAUGCAGGUUAGAAGACUGUUGGGCACGUGGGGCGAUGUGCUCGCGUUGAUUUUGCGCAUGGCCGAAAGCAGGCAGGAAUAUGCAGCUACUAAGGCAAAAGACAACGGGCCGACGGAGAGCGAGAAGCAGGCUGUGCUGUCUGCUACAGGCGUUGUGUGGGAGGCCUGCGAUGCACUGCUGAAACUGUGUGCUGAUGGGGUUGUGGGAUUGGUAGUUAGGAAGGCGGGGGAGCUUAGGGCGGUGCUGUUGGAUGCGAUUGAGGAGCUGAAGGAGUGGGGAGAGGAUGUUGAAGAUGACGACGAUGAAGCUGAGGGCAGUGACAAUGGGGACGAUGAUAUAUUCGGGGCUGAGAACAAGCUCGGCAAGGACGAUACCGAAUUGAAAGAGCUGCUGGACAUGAGCGUCAAGAAGUUGAAGAUGGUGGGCAUGCUGUAUCAGGCUCUGGCUAAGAGGAGGCUGAAGACGUAUUCCGCAACCAAGGAGAACGGCGACGCAGCGUCGAACCCAGCGAAAAAGCUCGAUGAUCUCAUGGCCCUCUUGAGAGCUAUACCGGAGACUGUUGAUGACCUUGCGAGCACGUUCUACGAUCUGGAUGAACAACAAGCGAGGCAGACAUUGGACAAGUGCCGUGGCCAAGCAAAGAGUGCGGCUGAGCUUGUGAAGCAAAGCUGGACUGGCACAGACGACGAGUUCACAGCAUGGUCCGCAAAAUGGGUCGAAGCACUAUAUGCUGCCUGAAUUGAAAUGCAUGCAACGUUGAAGUGAGGCGAAAAGAAUUAAAAAAGAAUAUGAAGCUUCGCCUCGCUUCAUGACUACGGAUGCGCAAAGCGCGCAUCUCAUGUCCAACCAUGU